AGCCGCAGCCGCAGCCGCAGCCAGCGGCCGCAGCCGCUCAAAUGCCCGGACAUCAUACGCAUGAGCACUACGCGUCGUCCGUGCAGGUGCCGCCGGCCUCGCCACAGGAGCAGCACUUCCAUCACUUGGACCACCAGCAGCACCAUCACCAUCAUAUGCUGCACUCGCACGUGUCGUCCGGAAGCGACUCCGAGCUGGCCAGCCUCUCCGGGGUGGGCAUUUCCCCCUCGGAGGCGGGCCCAGUCGGCGGGGCCAUCUCGGCCGAUGGGUCUUCCUCGGUCAGCUCAAUCGGAGGCGGGUUGAGCGACACCUUGUCCUCUGGGUCCUCCUCUGGCGGGGCCUCUUCCGUCUCGGGCUUUGAUUCGCAUGUCAGCGACCUCGACGGAUACCGCCACUGAGUAUGGCGCGGCCCUGGAUUCCCCCUCUGGCGUGGCCCUUCCGCCAUUGGUAUCCACCUCCGACCAUGAUGUCCUGGAUGCCUUCCUCGACCGGAGCGACUCGGGUGAUGUGGAUUAUCUGAGCUCCGCCACGGCGGACCUCACCCCGGCGGCCAUCUCCUCAGCGGCUUACUCCUCGGCCGAGAUGUACAGCGACAUCGGCGGCAUGGACAGCAGCUCCUUGCCACACUCCUCCGGUGACGCCGGCACAUACCACCACCAUCACCACCACCAUGGCCACAUGCACCUGGACCACCACCAUGGCCACAUGCACAUGGACCAUCACCACCAUCAUCGCAGCCACAUGCACCUGGAUCACCACCACCACCACCACCACCACCACCAGAUGGACCACCAUCACCUGGACCCGCUGGCAUCCUACUCGGCCUCUGCCUACCCCUCGGCCAGCAACCUGCACGAGGACUACCUCCGGCGCCAUGAGUCGGCGGCCGCCGGCGGCGGCGGCGUCGGCGCAUCAUCCGACGACACCUUUGCCUCGAGCCUGGCGGCGGCCUCCUCGGCGGCCUACUCCGCAUACCCGAUCGACAGCGCGUCGGCCCUGAUGGACAUCGGCCUGUCCAUGCGAUCGUACGACUCGGGGGUGACCACGGACUCGCUUGCCUCGACCGGCGGCGGGUCCUCGGCCAUUGUCUCCGGUGGGGGGGCCGGGUCUUUGUCAUCUUUGUCGGCGCUGUCGGCCCCGACGGACUCGUUGUCGUCACUGUCGGCGGCGGCAGCCGUGUCGGAAUCCCGGUCCUUGUCUUCCUCUCCCUCGUCCUCCGGUUCCGUCUCAGAUCUCAGUUCUCCCUCGCUCACGGGGUCCUCCUCCUCGUCGUCCUCUUUGUCCUCCUCCUCCUCCUCCUCCUCCUCCUCCUCCUCCAGGUCUUCCUGGUAGGGCAGCCGCGGCCGUGGGGUCGCGGCGGUCGCCACCGAUGCAGGAAAGAGCCCGGGGCCGCCAGCGCCGAUAUAUACCUCGCAUGCGGUGGGGCGCGCUCGUUCUUCCCGAUUGGAGUGGCCAAAGGGUGAACAAUAAAUUCAGCCACAAAUACAUGUGGGCCUAAGGAAGGAUA